UGUCUGACUUGACCCUGGCUCCACAAAUCGCCUUUACGGGUGGCUCUGACUUCAACGGUUUCCAUGUCUGUUGGAAUUUGUUUCAGCAAAAGCCCGAAGAGAUAAGGAAGGGUAAUAGAAGCGGAGUUUUCCCCGGUGUGGAUAUUUUGUAAUAUUUUAAGGAUACCAGGCUUCUGUCGGCUAUUUAAAGACACACUUCUUCCUCCGGUUCUGUAAUUCAGGUGUUGUUGCCGUCCUCUGACGGAUUUGUCCUCUCAGCUGAAGGGUGUAAGGAGGAGAGGAAGCCAAGAUGCCUAAACCGAUCAAUGUGCGUGUGACCACCAUGGAUGCAGAGCUGGAGUUUGCCAUCCAGCCGAAUACCACGGGCAAACAGCUCUUCGACCAGGUGGUGAAGACGGUGGGUCUGCGCGAGGUCUGGUUCUUCGGCCUGCAGUAUGUGGACAGCAAAGGCUACAGCACCUGGCUCAAACUGAACAAGAAGGUGACGCAGCAGGAUGUGAAGAAGGAAAACCCUCUGCAGUUCAAGUUCAGAGCCAAGUUCUUCCCGGAGGAUGUCUCUGAGGAGCUGAUUCAAGAAAUCACCCAGAGACUGUUUUUCCUGCAGGUGAAAGAGAAUAUCCUGAACGAUGAGAACUACUGUCCACCAGAGACGGCCGUCCUGCUGGCCUCCUACUCCGUCCAGGCCAAGUAUGCCGACUACAGCAAAGACAUCCACAAGCCUGGGUACCUCACCCACGACAGACUGCUGCCACAGAGAGUCCUGGAGCAGCACAAGCUGACCAAGGAGCAGUGGGAGGACAGGAUACAGACUUGGCACGAGGAACACAGAGGAAUGCUCAGAGAGGAUGCCAUGAUGGAGUAUCUCAAAAUUGCCCAGGACUUGGAGAUGUACGGCGUCAACUACUUUGAGAUCAAAAACAAGAAGGGCACAGAGCUAUGGCUGGGGGUGGACGCCCUGGGCCUCAACAUCUACGAACACGAGGACAAGUUGACACCAAAGAUUGGCUUCCCUUGGAGUGAGAUUAGAAACAUCUCCUUCAAUGACAAGAAGUUUGUCAUCAAGCCUAUUGACAAGAAAGCUCCUGACUUUGUGUUUUACGCCCCACGGUUGCGUAUCAACAAGCGCAUCCUGGCUCUGUGUAUGGGCAACCACGAACUGUACAUGAGGAGGAGGAAGCCCGACACCAUCGAGGUGCAGCAGAUGAAGGCUCAGGCCAGAGAGGAGAAGCACCACAAACAGAUGGAGAGGGCCCAGCUGGAGAAUGAGAAGAAGAAGCGAGAGCAUGCAGAGAAAGAGAAGGAGAGGAUAGAGCGAGAGAAAGAUGAGCUCAUCGAGAGGCUGAGGCAGAUUGAAGAGCAGACGCUCAGAGCUCAGAAAGAGCUAGAGGAGCAGACUCGCCGGGCCCUGGAGCUGGAGCAGGAGAGAAAGAAGGCGAGGGAGGAGGCUGAGCGGCUGGAGAAGGACAGACAGGCUGCAGAGGAGGCCAAGUCCGAGCUGGCCAAACAGGCCGCAGACCAGAUGAAGAACCAGGAACAGCUGGCUGCUGAGUUGGGUGAAUUCACAGCGAAGAUCGCUCUCCUGGAGGAAGCAAAGAGGAAAAAAGAGGAGGAGGCCACCGAGUGGCAGCACAAGGCCAUGUCCGCCCAGGAGGACCUGGAGAAGACCAAGGAGGAGCUGAAGGUAGCCAUGACGUCGGUGCCAGUACCGGCGGGCGGCCACAACGAGAGCGAGCAUGACGAGCAGGACGAGAACCACGCGGAGGCCAGCGCCGAGCUCUCCAACGAGGGCGUCAGCCACAUCGACCUGCGCAGCGAGGAGGAGCGCAUCACCGAGGCACAGAAGAACGAGAGAGUCAAGAAGCAGCUGCAGGCGCUGAGCUCAGAGUUGGCUGACGCCAGAGAUGAAACCAAGAAGACGCAGAACGACGUGCUGCAUGCCGAGAACGUCAAGGCGGGCCGAGACAAAUACAAGACGCUGCGCCAGAUCCGACAGGGCAACACCAAGCAGCGCAUCGACGAGUUUGAGUCCAUGUGAGCCCCCCACCCCAGCGCCCCCCCACUUCUCUCUCUCUCCCCCUGCUUUCCCCUCUGGGACACUUGUGCCCCAGCGUCCCCCCACCCACCGGCUGCUCGCUUUUCAUGGACAACAGAUGCUGCCGUCCUCGCUAUCCCGCUGCCUGACUCCCCAACCCACGCGAAUCUUGAGAAAUCCAGAAAGGCGCGGCUGCCACCUUGUCAAUCUUUGCCAAAGUUCUGCCCACAUUUCCACUCGGAAAGCGUUGGAUUUCUCCCCGAUACAGAGCUGCCUACGCACCGCUCUGCAAAAUAAUCACCACGCUGCAGAGAACAAACCAUCAUUAAUGCUUGUUAACCUCAAGCGCAGGGGAAAAAAGAAACUAUGUAAAACCUACAUGGAAAUGAUUUGGAUUUUUUGUUUUGUUUUCGUUCUUUUUUUUUUUUUAAAGCAAACACAGCCAUUGAAAGCUAUUUUUGUUUUUGUUUUGCUUGACAAGCUUGUAUGCAAAGCUUUAGUAUUAUAUCCUGUGUCUCUAGUUAAAAAUGAUUUCCUGUCUUCUAAUUUUUUAAUAUCUUCUCCUCUGCUGUUUUUUUUUGUUGUUGUUGUUGUUGCUGUUGACUCAUUUUAACGAUGCCCUGUUUGUUUUAGUUGUCUGUUGUUCACUUUACGGUGGGCUUGAUCCCAGGUGAGGAGUCAAAACUUGAGUUUGGGGUUGAAUUAGGUCUUUGUCUCUGUUACAUCACGUCAAAACAUCUCAAACGCUCGACAUGCUUACGCUUUAGUAUCUGUGAGUCAGUGAAGAGCUGCGUUAGGGGUCGCUCGACUCUUAAUUCAAUCAAUUUAACUUGUAAUUUGAAAGUGGAAUUCAUAGGUUUAUAUAGAAAAUUAUAUUGCAAUCUUAGUUUAAUGUUAGAGCAUCAGGAACAACAUGUUCAACCUUUGGUGGAUUGAGUUGAAGUGAAAGUGAAUCUUAGGGAAAGAGCCACGCCGCCUGUCCCGAGGCAGGUUUGGUUGAAUGAAUGUAGCAAAGGUAACAAAGGGAAACCAGUGUUUUCACAUGCAGAGGUGAUAGGAUCGCAUGGAGUGAGGUUGUGCCACUGAGCUAUCGCCCUCGAGCUGAAAAGUGUUAUGAAGAUAAGCUAACUGAUUGGUGUGUAGCCGUGUGUGUGUGUGUGUGUGUGUGUGUGUGUGUGUGUGUUUUGUAUGCGUCUUCUCCAGCUGUUCCCAGUGUUUGAUGUCCAGUCACCAUAGAUGGUUUUCUCUGCCUGCCAGCUCACAAAGGAACCCAGGGAUAUUGAGACGGGCGGACAGACAGACAGACAGACAAGUGUCCAGGCUGUUAGUCUGUCCAUCCAUCUGUGUGUGUGUCUGUGCGUCUGUGUGUGCAUGUGUGUGGCUGUGGAAGGCCUGGCACCUCUCUGGCUGGGGAGCUUAUGAAAACAUCAGUCCUCGACCCGGGACAAAUCUCUACCUCAAUACUGUUAGCAUGGUGACUGACCACUUAAACACUCUGGGUGUCUCGUCCCCCCUCCCUACAAAAAUUUAAAAAACAAACAAAAAAAAACUACAAAUGUUUAAAAAACAAAAUAAGUUGUGAUUGAGUAGUUGAUGUUAGGUUCUUGGGCGGUGCUCCUGGGCAGGCUGAGGCUGUUGGAGCUCAGCCUCAAGCUGCUUUGUGGCUUUUCGUUGGUUAAAAGAAAGAAUAUAUUUCAGUUUAACGUUGACAUGGCUCCAAAAUGUAUUGUAGAAAACAUUUCUAGUGUGUGAGGUGUUAUUUGUUACAUUUGAAGCUCUAGUUUUACACACCGGCCUCGUCCUGCUCCUGACCUGCUUCAAUCCCACAUCAUCCAUCCGAUCCCUUGCACUGUCGUCCAGGAAAUUUCCCAAAUUGUGACAAAGACAAGCUCUGGUGUGAAUGUCAGAAAAGAAAAAAUGAGUGAGCACCAGUCUAGGGUUAUGGAGAGGGUGUUAGAUACGUUAGAUGGUUGGACCUUCUGGGCUGACAAAAACCAUUUGGACCCUCUAAAAGAAAGCAUUCCCAUGAAAUAAUUGUAUAAACGCCUUCAGUAUCUGCACCUUUUGCAACAUUUCAACCUCAAGGAUCCAAACUGCAGACCUAGCAGUGGAUUCUUACGACUUCAAGACUCAUGAAUUGGUGCAGCGGACAAGGGAAAGUACCUGUUCUUGACCUGAAGGGCCAAUUCCUGUCCGGGACGUCUGUUACUGAAUCCUGCAAAUCUCAAAUGGACAACAGGCCAAUCCCCUCCCUUUUAAAUCCUCCGUAUUUUCCUCAUCUAACCGCGUCCUUUAUGCUCAGACAGCAAAUUGACUCCGCCUUUUGCGGGGUGCUAAAAUAAUGUUCCAAGGUGCAUUUUUUUGAAAUGAGUGAACCUCAUAUUUUUCUUUCUUUUUUUUUAAAUGUACAACAUGAUGAAAUAAGUUGGUAUUAUUUGUUACGCUUUACUUGACAGCUGGUGUCGGUCUGGAUUUUUUAAAUGGCCAGAGUUUUAAAAAAAAAAGUCAAAGCACUUGUGUGUGAAACAAGACACUGAAGCCUGCCUUUUGCGUUUGAAUCCACAGUGUCCGUCACUAGAAGGGCCGUGUGUGUUUGCCAUAGCAAGUGAAUAGUUUAUCCUGUGCUUCCAAGCCCUGUUUUUGUAUAGUUUUCAGAGACCGUGAAACCAGAGCACGCAUCGGUUGACUUGGCGGCUUCACUGGAGGGGAAAACUCUUCUCGACAUGUCCACACCCACAAACCCCACGGAUCCGGCUGCAAGGCUUCAGUUAGAGUUCGUUUUUUUCUUUUUUUUUUCUUUGCAGCAGAAUAUUGUUGGCCUGCCUGUCCCCUCCAAUGAAGGCAGCCCCAGAUGAUGCCCGCUCUGGCACCAGCUGUCACGUUUUGCCGUUGAGUUCCCCCCCCCCACCCCUUUACGUUAGUGUUCCUUAAGAUAGAAGGCACAGAUGGAUUGCAGUCCAUUUCAUUGGUUCACAAAUAAAGGUUUCAAAUUUUGA